GACCUCUGAUGCUCCUAUGUGAGGUACCAGUAAUGAAUCUUCUAAAUGGUUUUGCCAGGAUUGUGAUACUCUGAUGUCAAGAAGAGAAGUUUUAGCAUUGUACAGGCGAAUAUUUCGAGUAGCACGGCAAUGGAGAGCCGCAAUACCUGCAGAUACUGAGGCAGAGCGACAGUACAUAAAAGACGAAGCCAGACAAUUAUUUCGUAAGAACAAGAACAUUACUAACACAAAUGAGAUAAUGCUUUGUAUCCAUGAGGCCAAUGCACGAGUAGAGAUGGGGCUUCACUAUGGAACACCUUAUCCUAGAAUGAUACACAUGCCGCCAACAGCUGUUCCAAAAACAAAUACAAAAGAGCGGAAAACCCAAGAACGAAUUAGAAAACAGGCCAAACCUGUUUACAUGCACUCAGAUGAUGAUGUUGAUCGAUAAAAUACUUUGGCAUUGGACAUUUUGGGCCAGUGAGUGACAGAGUUAACAAGAGUACAUGAGUUCACUUGUGUUGCUAACUUCAUGCUGGUGACAAUUCACUAUUGUCCCAAUCAAAGUGGCCCUGAUUAAAACUAUGACUGUGAAAGUGACUGACAUUUCAACAACCUUAGAAAAGACUCUGAUGGCAACUUCAAAUGAAAUGGUGAUUUCCACUGUCACCAACAACAGUUUAUUUCUCAUCCAAUCCAUCAGUUUACAUUUGUGUUUACAAUUGACUGCUAAUCCUGGGUUCAAACUAUUUAUUAUGAACUGCUCCAAGAAUUAUCAGUUACACUUGGAAAAUUGACCAGUAGAGAGGAUCCCUUACUGACUCAAUGUUUGUUUGAGAAAAGAAGUACUUCCAAAAUGAAGUUCAAGUAAAGAAAUGAUUCUUGCAGGCUGUAAUUUAACCCUUCAACUCCCAGAAGUGAUAAACAUGGAACUUCUCCCAAAAUGUCCAUACAUUAUCCAACAAACAGGUAUUACGAAUACACAAAAUAAUCUGGCAGAUGUCAUCUUGAUCCAACACCAAAUUCUCAUAACUAAUAAACAAGGUAAUGUGUAGUAGCAAGAGGGGAGAAUAAACAAUCAGAUCUUGGGAGUUAAAGGGUUGAGCUAUUAUAGAAAAGAAGCCUGUAAAAAUUCAGGCUUUGACAGGAUAUGAAUCAAUGCCUCCCAGAUGCCUGUUGUACACUCCAACUGACAGAGCCACCAAGCUACAUGCUGGGAGCAAGGCCAAUUUAAAAGGAUUGUUCUUUCCAUAGAGGACUUUGAUAAAAUUUUUUCUUUAAAGAAUACAUAAGAAAUAGAGUUUUUUCUUAAAACAAUUCUUAUUAUUACAAAACAAUUGAUCACUUGAUUGAAUGAAUUUUUUUAUUAAAAAGUCACUCUGUUACAAUCAUAACCAGCAAUUUAAAAUCAAUUCAAAAACUAGGUAGACUGCUGUGUGAUUUAAAAAUAAAACCAUCCAUUAACUACCAGACUUAAAAUUUAUUUACUUGGCAAAAAUAAUUUUGCAUGCAGAUCUUCAAAGCCCCACUAAAGAAGGACAUCUUACAAUCCAGCAGUAUGUAUGAUGGAGUUACAUGCCACAUCAAUAAUGCAGCAUUUUCUUUCCAAUAUUCACAUACUGAAAUAAUUGUAAGUGUGCAACAAUAGACCAACUUCAUUCACAAAUGACAUUAGUCAUCAUGUAAACAAUAUCAAAUUGGAAUGAGGUAUCAUUAGUGAAAUAAUUGAGAGAGAUAGUUUUCACUUAAGGAAUAAUUCACUUUCCAGUUGUGUGCUUAGCUGUUAGACUUUUGCACAGAGUGAAGCUAAGGGUGACCUUUUCAUGAAACAAACCUCUAAUACUUUCUUUCAUGACAAGAUCAACCUUAGUCUCACUCCUGUUCUAAGGCUUCACAACUAAUCUAACAACUGAAAAGCUAAUGAUUAAAGAAAGUCAUAAUCACAGAGGUUUCAAUACCUAUUAAUAAUCAUCCCUAAUAAUUUUUGGUAGAACUAACGUAACAAUGUUAUAAUGACAAGAGCUUGUUAAAGAAGCUUCAGGUGCCUGCCUAAGAACAGAGGAGUAUAAAAUACUCUUAUACGUAUGUACGUACUGGAUAUGAGUUGCAUCAUAUGCAAAAAGGAAACCCACUGUAACUGCAACAUGGUGAUGAAUUAUAUGAUUAAAAAAAUGUCUUAA